AUGUUUAUACAGUGGUGUGAUCAUGAUGAUGUUGAUGAUGAUAAUCAGGAUGAUGGCGAUGAUGAUGAUGAUGAUGAUGAUGAUGAUGAUGGCGAUGAUGAUGAUGAUGCUGAUGAUGAUGAUGAUGAUGCUGCUGAUGAUGAUGAUGAUGCUGAUGAUGAUGAUGCUGAUGAUGCCGAUGAUAAUGAUGAUGAUUCGGAUGAUGACGAUGAUAACGUUGAUGAUGACGAUGUUGACGAUGAUGAUGAUGAUGAUGAUGAUGAUGGUGAUGAUGAUGAUGAUGAUGAUGAUGAUGAUCAUUCGGAUGUAUGA